CAAUUUGCUUCCAUCUCCUUGUUUGGAGGCAGCGUAGCCAGCAGGACCCAGGGCAGGCUUCAGCCCAGCCCCAGCCCCUGAUUGGGUCUCCUCCCUGUCACAAAGACCCAAGCUGGAGAUAAUAAUAAUAAGAUAUAUAUAUAAAAAACCCCAGCAAGAAAGAACCAACCACCCCCUCCUCUCAGGCCUCCCUCCCAUUGGCUGCCCUUCCCUUUGUGUGCCAGGCAGCUGCAGUCCCAGCUCCACAUUUGAAUGUAUAUAGGGGAUUGGAAGGGACCAUUUCCAUGGGCCAUCUGUCUCCCAGCCAGCAGCAGCCCCGCUCCCACCUCCACCCAGGAGCAGCACAACAAAGGGACCGCAGCCGCAGCCAGGCAGGAUGGUUCUAGUGCACGUCGGCUAUCUUGUUCUUCCAGUGUUUGGCUCUGUACGAAACAGAGGUGCUCCUUUUCAAAGGUCUCAGCACCCUCAUGCUACCUCCUGCCGGCACUUCCAUCUGGGCCCCCAACCUCAGAUCUCAGCUGACUUCCCUCUCCCUCACCCUGUCCAGCCACAGCCAGGGCUGAACCCUCACAUGGCGACAGCUCACCAGCAUAACGGCCCACUACACCAGCCCCUGCCACCUCUGCCAGCCCUGCCGUUUCAGGAUGUGACAGGACCCUCCUUCCUACCUCAGGCGCUACACCAGCAAUACCUCCUCCAGCAGCAGCUCCUCGAGGCCCAGCACCGCAGGCUCAUGCCUCAUCCCAGGCGGACUCAGGAGCGCAUGUCUGUUCAACCUCAUCGGUUACACCCAGGCUUUGACUUCGGCCACCAACUGCAAACUCCUCAACCCAUGGGGCCCCAGCCCAGGUAUCUAGCUGAAGGCACAGACUGGGAUCUUAGUGUUGAUGCUGGACUGACACAUGCCCAGUUCCAGGUCAGGCCAGUUCCUCAGCACUAUCAACAUUAUUUAGCUACGUCUAGAAUGCACCAUUUCCCCAGAAACACAUCCUCAACGCAGAUGGUAGUCCAUGAAAUCAGAAAUUACCCUUAUCCUCAGCUUCAGUUACUUGCUCUUCAGGGACUGAAUCCAAACAGGCACACGUCUGCCGUAAGGGAAAGUUAUGAAGAGCUGCUGCAGCUGGAAGACAGAUUAGGCAGCGUGAACCGGGGAGCUGUGCAGAACACCAUUGAGAGGUUCACUUUCCCACACAAGUACAAAAAGAGAAGACCACAGGAAGACAAAGCUGAGAAGGAGGAUGGGGAGGAGUCGGACACCGAUGAGAAAUGCACAAUCUGUCUGUCUAUGCUUGAAGACGGAGAAGACGUGAGGCGUUUACCCUGUAUGCAUCUAUUUCACCAAGUGUGCGUGGAUCAGUGGCUAGCAACCAGCAAGAAGUGCCCGAUCUGCAGAGUGGACAUUGAAACACAACUUGGCUCUGACAGCUGAAAGAACCAAUGCGGUGCACCAUUUUCCUUACCAGGUCAUAUGGCCAUAAGCCCUUGCAGCAAAAUUUUGCCUUCUGAGCCAUUUGAUUUAGAGGAAAAGUCUGCAAGCACAUUAGCGAAAAGGAGGAAUUGGUGGUACAAUAUCUAGUGGUAGGAGAGGAUCCUAACAGCCAUAUUGGUCCAAUGCAUGGGAGCUGGUAUUCCCAGAGCUAGAAGGCCCUGUGCUACAGAAGAUUUAGUAUCGAUCAUGAAGGAACUAGUGUGUGGUUAGUUUGGCCUGUCAAUCCUGGAUUUCACAAGGAUUGUAUAUAUACCUCUCGAAUAAGUAGACACAUGUUAGGGGGUCUUUAGCUAUUUCUGUGGACAGCAACUGGAGCAUGUUAGCUUAAGAAAUGUUGUGUUUGGUGCCCUAGUCAUCUUGUGGUGGACAUGUCGCUGUUAACCUAAUUUGCACCAAAUAUUUUUUUCAUAGAUUCCUUAUUUUGGUGCCUGACUGAAAUGUGGCAGAGGUGAAAGAGAAAAAAAAAAGUUAAAUCUUCCCACCUUUAGGAAAAAAAAAGAGAGGUGAAAUAGCAAAUUCCUGUUUACAGUUAGAAGGAUCGUGCUCUUUGCCUCGUCCGCGUUUAUUUCUUUGAUUAUGUUUACAGUGUGUUGCUCAUUUAGAGAAGCCUAAAAAAAAAUAAUCGGAAUGAAAUGAACAAAAUGAUAGGGAGAAGUUUUGUUCUUGCUUAUCUGCUGGUGCUGGACACUUUAUAUUGGGCAGGAUCCUGCAACUGGUUCUGCUUCUUUUGCUUCCAUAGCUUAACGAUGUACUUUGGGGCGCAGCAUCCAAGGAGGGCCCCUCGGUGUUUUAUUAUUGUAAUUUUUCCUACCACCGUCUCAUCUUCCAGUGCAAUUGCAGUGGCUCCUGCAAUCUGUAUGGCCCGUUGAUGUCAAUGGGAGCCGCAGGUGGUUCCACAUUUCUCCAGACCAGGCCCAGAAUUCCCCAGCGGAAGUUGUAUCAGAUGCUAACCUGACACCACACCUGUGGUGAAAGAGCCAUUGUCUGCUUGCUGGAGAAAGAGAACCUAUUAAGCUGGUCGUAGUCGUUAGAUCCUGCAAGAGUUUUUUGGAGGACUAAUUGGCCCGGAAAUAUGCUUGCAAUGUGAUGAGAAAUGCAUUCUUCCGUCUCUCAAAAACAAAAGCACAAACCAUCUUUUCUGCUAAAGCAGGUAUCCAGAAGGGGGAAAAUUGAACACAACUAACAUGUCCUUCUUACAAUUAAAAUUCCUAAUCUCAUGGUCUUCUUUGGCUAGCAGACUAAGACAUUUCAAGUGAUCUAAUUAAACGCUCCAGAGCUGUGCCGUCAUCUAGCCUUCUUUUCCGGCUCCCGGAGGCAAAGGAGAAAAGGCAUUGAUUCAAGUUGCAUCCUGCACUAAAUUUCUUUCUGCUGCUCUUUCCUUUUGCGAUUUACGUGAAAUAGCAGCUUUUGUAGCUUAGAAAGUAAGAAUAAGAGAGGAGAUUACAGCUCAGGUGGAAUUCUGCUGGUUUUUAAGAAAUCCACUUUUUUCUUCAUACCUUGCUGUGGAAAAUCUCAGAUAGUUGUUCUGAUGACAAGAUGCGGGGGAGAACAAGAGGACAGUUCAGUCAUAUUGUACAUAAGAAAUUGCUGACAACGUGAAAAUUUCAGUACAGCAUGGGAAUUUAGAUGUAUGGGAUAAUUUACUACUUGGUCUGAAUUUUAAACUACAGACGUGCAUGUAUGUACAUGCACAAAAACACACCUAUAUAAUACAUAUGAACUGCGUGAGCUCUGAAAUGAAACGGACGCUAAUUUGGAAGGCUCCGUUAUAAUUAUGAGCAAAAUAAAGAUUAGAAGUAAUCAAUGAAGUGCCAAAAAUAAUGGAGCUUUCUGAGCCACAUUCCCUGUGAAAUAAAUAUUUCAGAUUAUUUGCCAUGAGAGACAUUGAAUUAAGUGCAUGUUGACGCUUUACUCAGUCUUCUUUAUCUGACAGCUCUCGGGAGGAUUGGAAUCAACAGCCAAGAUUCUCCAGGCUUUUAAUACAUUUUUCAUGUACUAGGGGAGCAAAAAAGUGUCUAGAGGAUUUUUAAUCAGAAACAUAUAUUUAAGAUGCUUAUAUGGAGGAUGAUUUCUCGUUCCCAUGAGUGCCUGUUUCGUAGGAGCUAAGUAAUGUUUUGUAAGUGGAGAUGAACAUAAAUUACCCUUGGAGAGAUCAUAGAAUUCCUGCGAGCUGUAAUUGGAAAAUGCUGACCUCCCAGACGCCCAUGAUCUAUUUUUUUCCAGUCUGGAGAAUAAAGUUAACGAUAGGGCCGGGACGAGCGACUGCAUCAGCAUUCACAAAGGAGAUGCUCUCCAAUUCACUGCAGUAAUUUUGCCCAGGGUUACCCUCUCUUCAGCGGAUUUGUCUUGCUAGACACAGGUAGUGGCGUGGGGAGGGGGGAAGAUAAUAACUUACAAUGGCAGGUGAAGAAGAUGCAAUCUAUAAAUAUUUAUUUGGAACCACUGCUCUCUUCCUGUGUGUGCGGGUGAUGAGAACAGUGUCGGGAGGGGGACGAGAUAACCAGGGUAGGUAACCGCUCCUGCAAAACGCCGCUCUGAAAAAUUCUAGCACUGUUUAAUUUUGCCUCAAGAUGACAUGAGACACGUGUGGUCGUUUCUACUUUAUCUUGUUGAACGUGAGGGUCUGCGCCCUUAGACUAGAAGGGCUGAGUGCCUUGGGCAAUAAAUAGCCUGGGCCUCACUCCAGCAGCAGCAGAUUCAUACAUCAUUAAAAAAUAAUAUGACCGAGCAAAACAAGACGUUGCUCUUUAGAUGCACUGUAAUCCAUCAUGCGUUAUAGUCUGGUCCUGCCAGUGCAGAGCUUGUCCAGGGAGGGGCUGAGGAUCCUCUAAUGAAGUGAAUGGGAAUUACAGCUACUCAGCACCUUGCAGGUGGGGCUCAGGACCUUUCAAGACCGGGGUCUUGCUUGGAAUGAACUAUUCAGUGGGGAGGAAGUGAGCUCUUCCGACCCCUGUGUUUUACGUCUAUGCGAAAGUAUUAUUAUUUGCCUAAUGAACAAGCACAGUUUUUAAAACGGUGAAGAAAGCACCAAACUUCCAUGGUCUGUGUGAGUGAGUGAUACCGUGGCACGCGAGCGCUUGUAACGUCUGAAAUUUGCAUUUGGUGUGUCAGGUUCCCUUGUCUUUAAAUAGCUUGUAUGAGUAGAAUGAGCUAAUAGAGUGAUUUUUUCAAAACAAAACAAAACAAAUCUCUAGAAACAAAACAUAGUUUACAGGGUUUUGUGCGUUUAAAUGCCUUAUAUUUAACAAUCAUAAUUUAUGACUAACUUGUAGAUAUUGUGGGUUCUUAUUUAAUUAUUUUUAUAGUUGUUUUUGCAUUUUUAAUUAUAAUUUAUUUAUUUAGAAAUUAAUACUAAUUUUUUUAUUACUCCUAUUACCUCAUUUUUGCAUUGUUUCUGGGAAUGGAAUGCUUUGCAUGCAUUGGUACUUAAAAAAAAUUAAACAUGGGGCGUGGGGGGGGGGAGCUUAUCAUGUCAAAAAAAAUCAGGGUGUGUGAUUACAAACUGUAUUACUGUGGUGCUGUUACCUUGGAUACAUUCCAUAAAAAUGCAAACCUUUGAUUCUGUAUGCUGUGACAUAGUGGAAAACUGCAAUAUAGUGACUGUGUUUAGCACAUAUAUAUAUAAAUAUUAUUUGCACUCAUAAUCAAACUAUGGUGAUCCUUUCACUCAUGCCCGUAUGCACUGAAGGAAAAUAGCACUCCUCAGAGCCAAAUAAUCGGGGUGGCUCCCGCAAGCCCCAUGGAGUGUCUUCAAUGGGAGUUCCUUGCUCAGAGGGCUGGCAGCAUCUGGACCAUCAUAACGUAGUAUAGACCUAGGAUUUGACAGCAGAUCGAGUCAGUGCUGGUUAUCCCCUUUAGAAAGAGAGUCUCUACAGGCCAUAUUCCUCCUCAGUAUGCAGUGGUCACUAUUAAAAAGCCAGUGAUUGCCAAUAUCAACUACACAGUGGUGACUGAGAUACCAGAGUUUCCUCCUGUACUUAGAAGAGGAAAUCUGACCACAGGCCUAGCCUUUAUUCCCAUAAAUUCCCUAUUGAAGUCAAUGAAACUUGCUUGCAUGAGAGAGGCAGCAGGGCUAGCCGCAGCUGCCAAGUCUCGGUGCCGCGGUGCCGGGGCUGUUGGGGAUAUUAUUUUAUUAUUUGUAUUACAGUAGUUCCUGGAUUCCCUCCCUCCCACCCCCCAAAUUGGGGCUUCAGUGUGCUAGGCACUGCACACAUACACAGUGAAUGAUACACCCUGCCCCAAAUGUCUUACACGCUAAAUAGACAAGACCAACAAAUGGGUGAGCGGGGAAACAGGCACAUGGCUCUAUUUUUUUUUCUUGGCGACCACUGUCUCCGAGCUCAGGCUGGCCUUGCCUGGUUCCCUUUAAACUAAAUUUUCGUGGGCUUUCGCCUUCCUGCUGUGUCUGUUGUCUGGUGGGCACAUGUGUGUGUAAGGUGGUCAUUUGUUCAUCACGCUACAUAUCUGGCCAGAUAAGCAUUUCAAAGGGGAUGAGGCAAACGUUAGGGGCAGCCCUCUGAGAUGAUCAAACUGUGUUUGUAAGUGUAGAGCCCAACCUUGUGGCUCAUGCCAUGUGUGGAAGUCCCUUGACGACAGGGAGUUCAUCGUGGGAGUAGAGCACGCCUGGGCCCUAGAAUUGCACAGCGGCAGAGGCUGACCUCUCAGUAUUUCCAUUAUGGAGAGCUGAGUCCAAGUUUUAGGUGGAAUUUGAGUGCUGAUUAGCAAAGGGCACUUUUUGGAAAGAUCACUCCAUUGCUCUGCUGUGGCUGCCGGCCAAUUCAGGGAAGUUGCUGUUACUUUGGAGCCCCCUAGAGGAAGGUGCAGGUGCAAACUGGAUAGACUGGAGGCACCACCGAAAGUGGCCUGUGUGGCCCCUUCCCGUGUGUGUGGCAGGACCCCUGUGUAGAAUGAACACCCAUGAAUCCAACAAAGAAUUAGGUCUGGGAGUACUCCCCUCUCACUCCCCCCCGCCCCCCGCCACGUAAUUUUAUUGUCUGACAUUUCCAAGCCUCAGCUGGUUCAGUGACAGCAUCACCACUGGUUAGAAACAGUUAUAAAUUGCCUCUAGGCCUUGGUGUUGAAGACGCCUGGAAAUUGUUUCUUUAAUCAUUUAAAAAUAAAUCAGUAUUACGGUAAAAGCCCUAUCCUCCAUUUUUUACUCUCCCCAUCAAAAAGUUGUAACUUAAAAUGACAUAGUAAUUUCAGCUGGCAUCUUCACAAUGCUUUUUUUUCUCAUUUACAUUCACGAAGACCCUGAAAUCGUGGUCCCAUUGAAGUCAGUGAGUGUUUUGUCAGUGGUGUCAAUAAAAGUAGGAUUUGGAACAAAUUGACCAGGUGUGUAUCUGUACAGAAAAGAGGUUGAUAGCAGAUGGGAUUCAGCAUGGAAGACUGCAAAUUCUGUGCACAGUUACCCAUUCUGUGUGUCCAGCUGUAUUGGGCUGCAUCAAUUAAAUGCACAUUUAAAAAAAAAAA